AUGGUUUCUGACGGAAUGCAGAUUACGAUACCAGACUUCGACGACAAUGAGUAUGGUUCAGCCCCAAUUCCGUUCGGCCGGUCUGCAAACCCUUUCGGAGGUGGUGGAGGAGGAGGCUUGGGACUGAGUGCUUCGUCGUUCAGUGCGUCCGCGUUUGGGAGCUCAGGAUCAGGUCAGGAUUCCCCGACAAUCACAACGCCACUGGCGGACCGUUGGGACAAGAGCCACGGUCGCGGGGAUUCUGUUGCUUCUGUGGACUCUGCAAAUUCUUUCACUACCCGUUUCGCAGCCAAGUCACACAAUCCAUUUUCGAAUCAUGCCCCACAACCUUCCACUAGCUCGUCUCCAUUCACGAAGAAGCCCUCAUUCGCGUCCAUUCGCAAUGCUUUCAAAAGUAGCGCAAAGACAGCGACCUCGGAUACUCCCCCGCCCGUCCCACAGUUCGACCUUCAGGCGUAUCCUGUCCUCAAGAACCCAUUCAACCGUUCCAAUUCUUCCUUGAACCAGCGCCAAGCUGCUAUGAGCCCGCCGUAUGCGAGACCAUCUACGCCUGGUUCGGCCGACUUCAAGUUUGGUCGUUCGCGGAACAAGAGCCACACACCCGGCAAGUCUCAUCAUUCGCAAUCUGGGUCCAUCUUCCACGUCUCUGACGCCGGGAGUGACUAUGGGGCAACACCGCAAUUCUCGUCGUCGCCUCCUCCAGUUCCCCGCGUCCCAAACACUUAUGGGUUUGCAUCUCGGAGCGAAACACCAGAUAUGGACGACGACAAGGUUGUGAUGGAUCCCAAGACGCCAUCGGACUACGCCCUGCAUGCCGUCUUCAUGCGAUUUGCGUCGGUGGCUGAAAGCAAGAUAUCAACAUUUCUCCGUAAUACCGCACAAGAUCCCUCUCUUCCAGCCACACUUGCUGUCGGGAUUGACCCCAAGUUCGACGACACCCUUCAAUCCCUCGCGAAGAUAGCACAAAAGAACUGUAAACCCGUCGUUGACUCGAUCAUGCGGUGGCGGAAAAGCCAGCAACAAGAGCCUGUGGGUACGGACAUCAUCAACAUACACACCACCUCCCGUGAUCGAUCCUACGACAUCUCCACUCUCCUCGCGGAACGCAAGGCUUUGGCGUCUAUCUACAUCAUGUGCCGCGCGCUCAUUGCAGUAUUGCAAGCAGCUUCGAGGGAAGCUCUCGGCGACACACUUGGCUACAGUCUUGAGGACACAACCUUUGAGCAGUUCAGGAGACCUGACCUCAAGUUGCUCGCUCAAUCUGCAAAUCAUCGUGCUAAUGCAGAGUUAUAUGCCACACUCAUAGGUCUCUUAGCAAACAUUCGUUUUGUGAGCGUGACAGACCGCUUUCUCUCCGAGCUUGGGCCUGUUGCUUCUGGCCAAGUGCCCAAGGACUCGGACAUGAAAUAUGAGAACCUCCUUCAGGGACUUCGCCAUGUCACCAUCAAGGUUUGGCCUCCUGAGACUUUUGAAGAAGGAGCCGAGUUCCUCGAGUCUUUAUCGAAGUCGUUCGCAAAUGCGCAUGGAUUGCGCUUGAAGAUCGCCUUCGCAGAAACAUUACUUCAUCUCAUACACCCAAUUGGCAAGACUGCGCAAGCAGAAACCAACAAUCCACAGUGGGCGAAGGCCAUUGAGAUCAUCUAUCCAAAAGCCAAGGAAAUGGUUUCCAAACCGCGAUACUGGCAUGCGGCGUAUCCACUUUUAGUGACAAGUCUUUGCGUCGCACCCCAGGCUUUUUUUCUGAAGAACUGGCUCCCUUGUUUUGAGAGUGGGUUGAGCAAGCUGAAGGAACGGCCAUAUCGCGUACCUAUCCUCAAUGGUCUAAUUCGCUUGUUGUGGACAUACCUCUAUCGUUGCCCCGAGACUGCAUCCACUACCACGGCCAAGCUAGAAACUCUGCUAAAAUCCUUCUUCCCGCCCAAUCGUCUGACUGUCUACCCACAAGAGGAUCAACUCCAACCGUUCGUAUACAUUGUUCAUUUUAUCCUCUCUCGGCAUUUCGAGUACGGCUCCGACAUUUGUAUGGAAUUAAUGCAGGAAUCCGCCGUGAAGUCCAUUCAACAUUCAGGGUCCACCGCAUCCGUUUUGGCUCCCGAACGCACGGCCAUAGCAGUCCAAGCUAUUCUCCUUACUUUGCAUCGUAUGGAAAGUGAUGAGCACUUCCCUUCCUGGCCGACAUCUGCCGAUUUCUCCGUUAUUCCAACCAAGGCUGAUUACCCAUCCUCUUCCGACUUCCUUCCACCUGCUAUCAUGUCCAGGCCUGGCGUGCAGGAGUUGUUCGACAGAUGCGGAGCUGUUUUGGCGAUUCUUACUGUCCAUUGUGGGAAGAGUGUCGGGUACAUGUCGAUCUUCGAUGAUCAGUGGUCCUAUGCAAGGCUUAAUCCCGCGUACGAGGAGUCAAACAACUACGUAGUACGAAAGCAUCUUGAAGGCGCCUUCGCAUAUCCAGCCUCCUGCGUCGCCCAAAUUACGAUGCUUCAGACAUGCUUCCAGUCGUGGCCGCGGUGCCUACCCACGACUAUUCCUCUGGCCGAUGCGAUUGAUAUCCUUCUACGGGGUGUUGUGCACGUCGAACCAUCGCUAGGCGAGGUUGCCCGCGAAGCAGUGAAGCGGUUCAUGGCUGAACCUACUCAGGCGAUGGUUGUCCUCUCGAGGUUUGCGGUGCUUAUGUUCAGCCCAACGGGAUUUCUGCAAGAGAACAACGGCCCGAGGUUACCAAUCGAAGCUUCGCAGCUCCUGCAAUUAUGGAUCGAACUUGUGGAUGGCUGGGUGAAGACUUUAACCAAGCAACCGCGGACAUCGUUGAACGAUGACGAGACUCAGAGGUGCAGCGAGAUUGAAGCCGGCGGUUUAUUCUUGUUGGCCCACGAGAAUCCCGGAAUUCACUCCGCUGGCGUCACUGUUCUACGUUUUCUAGGCUUGCUGGUAGUUCACGUUGAUGGCAGGCCUUUCGGCCCAAACGAACUUCCUGCAACGACCAUGCGCUUUGUCGAAAUUCUUCACGGUCGCGGGGUAGGGAAGUCAUAUCUUUCCGGGUAUGACGAACUCUUGGAAGGGCCAGAUUUAGAUCGGCUGGAGCAGUGGAGGCAGUUGAAACGGAUUGACGUUCCCCUUCGAAUGGCCGACAGCGCCAAAGACAUCGACAAGAAGCUUUGGCGAUACGCUUUUCCAAUGUUGUUGCAGUCAUCCACAGACCAGUCGAGCCAAGUGUUGACGACAUUUCGCGAGAGUCUCAUCGCCGCCGUCUCCCGCUGUUUGCCACUAAUAUCGCAUAUUGCGGGGUUGAGCAGCCGUGCGCCCCCCGGAAUACCCACUCGAAACCAAAGUAUCGAACGAGAUGGCCAGAAAUUGGUUAUGGAUAACAAGCAGCUGAUUGAUCAGUGGUAUAUAUGGGUUAAAAUCCUAUGCUCUACUGCAAUUUCUGAAUCCUCCCGCCCGGCGCUCACUCAGCUUGGGCGUGAACACUCGCGAGCGCCGUCUGAUAUAAGCUUUGAACGCGAACGCUUAUCAACGACACGAGGCCUCUUCAGAUACUUAACACCUUUCCUGGACUCUGAGUACACCCAGUUUCGCGAUGCUGCUGUUCUAUGCAUCAGCUCUUUCCCCUCUAGUGGGUACUCACAGCUUCUGGAAGAUCUCAGCCUCCUCGCUUCUCGCCAGUUCUAUGACGAUUCUCGAGCCAAAACUCCAAAUUUGGGAAUGGAGCAAAGUCAUGGUCUAGCUUCCCGCCAACUCCUUGAAGAUUUGCGUCCUAAAGCUGGCAUGGCGAUCGUUGUUGAUCGUACCCGUCGACAGGAGCGAUUGCACUCAGCAGUAGCUCGGAUUUACUAUCUUACGGCACAUUACCUGCAACACACUCGAUCCACAGGGCGACAGGCAGCGCUCGCGAAUGUGCUGAAGUUCGUUCGCAAUACUCAGGCUUUCUUAACAUCUCCAGAAACUCGAGACAAUCCCGCGUUGCAACGGCUUCGUCGUUACUUUUGUGGCACGGUGGAACGGCUCUUCGAUGGCAUGGCUUCAUUAAAGGACUCCGAUCGCUUUAUCCCGUCCAAGAUGCAUUUAACUUUGUAUCAUCUGUGUGAAGGAUGGUGCCAACUUGGUCCUCAGUCAGAGAUAGCCAAGCAAAGACUCAUCCUCAUGCAAAGGGCGGCAGCUUCCGUUACUCAGGACUCGAAAGAAGCCGUCAAGCGGUUUCAAGCCGAGACCACUGUCUUAUCCUACGCAGCUGCCGGCGCUCUUGCUUCACUAGUCGCAAAGGCUUACUUUCCGCCCGAACAAGCUUCGAACUCGCCGACAGAGCGCCCUUCACCAGAAGAUCUCAAGCCUUUGACAACUCAGGGAGUGAUGGACAAGAUUUCUGCUAUUCUAGCUUGCAGUCACGCUCCGUCUGUUACGCGUGGAAAGAAGGCGUUGAAAUUGCUUCUUUCGUGCAAGAGUCGUGACCAUGCUUUCACAGCUGAAGCACUAAAGCGAGCUGUUGUAGCCGACAGCACGCUUGAUUCGGAAGCAGCUCGGGCAUUCGAAGUCAUUUCUGAGGUUGUCUGUUCAUCGGACUUCCACCCCUUUUCGUUCGCACAAGCCGUUUGUCUUGCUCUGGCGAAUCUGAGUCAUCCACGGAUAGAAGUCCGUCGGUCCGCGUUCAGCAUGCUCGAAGCUGUCCAUCAUCGGACGUCUGGGUUGCUUCCAAUGUCACACUUCGAUCCUGCAAUCGGAAGUCAGGCACCGCCUACUUACCUACAUGGGCAUCGUCAAGUAUCCGAGUUUCUGGCCGGAGAACACCCCAAUCAAGCACUUGAUGUACUUGCUCAAUUAGCUAUCUGGCUGCCGCAACUUACUCAGACGAAGCCCCGCAUCUCCCUUCUCCUCCUGCAAACUUUGGAAGACUGGAUUGUCAACAUCGAGCUACGGGAGAACGGCCAAUUUACUAGGGAAGGCAUGUCUGCACUGUAUCAUCUCAUGAGCUUGACGCUGCACUAUGCGUCGACGCACACGGAACAGGUCCUAGCUCUAUGGACCAAACUUGUUGAACCUCCCAACGAUGACAACGGCGUUGCUACAGCCCUGUUCCUUCUACAACAGUCACACAAAGUAGGCACCGUGGAGUUCAUCCAGUGCUCGUCCACGAUCAUUGCCUGCUUAUGCCAGACUCGUUUAGGCCCGUCUAUAUAUGCGGAACUCUGUUCCAUUAUUGAGCCCGCCCGCAUGCUACCCACUCUGGACCACAAGCUACAAUUUCCGGACGCCGUCGAUAUGGAGCUUUGGUCCGAUCUCGAUACACUUUUCGCGGGCAAGCCAAGGGUGACACUAUCAUCAGCCCAAUACGCUUGGCUUUUCCUCGCCGACGUUGCAUUUCAACGCCAAUGGGAAUUCAAGUCAGAACUCCCCUCGAUCCUACACUCAAUAUUUAUUCACUUGGACUAUCAUCAUUCCUUCGUCCGUGCCCAAGCCCGCCGAAUGUUGUUCCAGCUCCUCCGAUCGUGGAUCCCUGGUUAUGACGAACUCGUGAACCGUAAUGAGCAUCCAAGCUGCUCUACUCUUAAAGCAAUGGUCGCUGAACUCGAAGAAGAGGGAGAUUCGCUAUUUUGGAGGUCAGAUGAGGCUGUCUUGGAUGUAAAGAACAAGAUGGCACGGUUAUGCGAAACAGUGCUUGGUUUUCUGGAUCCCCUUGUUCCACGUCUUGCGGAGCGGUGGGGAUCGCUAGCCGUGUCAUGGGGCACCUCUUGCUCUAUCCGUGGAUUCGCAUUUCGUUCUCUUCAAAUAUUCCGCGCCAUUCUACCUCGAACUUGCGCGUCGGACAUGGCACUCCUACUCGGCCGUUUGUCGAACACUAUCUCAUCAGCGGAUGAAAAUAUUCAGAUGUUCACGUCAGAACUCAUUCAAACUCUCAGCGCGCUGGUGUCAUCGAAGGAUUUAGAAAGCACAUUCCUCCCUCAGUUAUACUGGUGUUGCUGCGCGGGACUCAUGACAACAGUUCAACGAGAGUUUGUCCAGGUAUUGCAACUCCUCGAGUCUAUCCUAGAUCGCGUUGAUUUGGACGACGUCACGGACAUCCUUCUAUCGCAUCAGCCUCCUAAGUGGACUGGCCCAGUAUCCCUACAACCGGCUCUGCUGAAGGGCCUCCGCUCCUCCGUCACAUUCGAAGCAACCUUCCGUCUCCUGCAGAGAUUUGCCAAGGUGGAAGAUGACAGAUUAAUUGACGCAUCCGGUGGCAGGGUACGCGAUUUGUAUACUGCCGCACUCCCCAGGUGUCUAUAUGCCAUGGCUACAGACGGACCUUCGGAGUCGCUCAAGGAAUUCGCAGAAGACAUCGCCCGGCUGGCUGAAAAGGAAGAGAGGCAUAGCAUUCGCAAGAUCAUGAUGUCGUUCUCCAAAGGCCACUUCCGAACCAAGGAUGACUUCCUACGGCAGUCCGUGUCAAGUCUGCGCGAACACUAUUCUACACAGUGGCACGACAUCGACACUCUGCUCCUGGGCCUCGUCUUGAAUAACGAGCGGUGGACGCGGAUAUACUCGAUGCAAAUCCUCAAAGGACUUUUCCAGCAGCGCGUUGCGCGAAAUCCGUCGGAUUUACUGGGCUCUGAGCUGUUGAUGCCCCUUCUGCGGCUGCUGGAAACCGACCUCGCGCCGAACGCGCUGGAAGUCCUCGAGGAGCCGAUAGCCAUGUCGGGCGGUGGGCCGCCCGCUAAGCACGUCCUGAGGAUGAGCAUGCACUCUGCCGUCCCGUCUCGAAUGUCGGGAACUGCGGCUGAGGUCUUCGGCGUGCCAGAGGAGUCCGGCUGGUGUGUCGCACGCGCGGACACUCAACGCUCUACCUGCCACCACAAUAUGACGACGGUUUUCGACACCUGUUCUGUCUCGGCGCGGCCGUCGCGCAUCGAUUUUGAGCCCGAGCACGACGUGGAGGGCGACCACCCGCAUUUGAACGACCAGGACGACCAGGACGACCUUGGGGGGCUGGUGCAGAAACUGCAUGAGCUGUCGACGUUUUUCCAGGACGAUGACGACUCGCUGCAAGUGCCCGCUGCACCCAUACCGCCGCCGGAUCGGCGGCUGGAGGCCCGCGUCGCUGCGAUCCUCGCGAAGUCGACUGCAACGGAUGUCGUCUCGGACGUCCCCCAAACCCCCUUCCUAGACGUGUUCCGCGUCAGCGCCAUACCCGACUUCGACGACUCCGAUGGAUAUUCUGACUCCGAGUCUGACGACGAACCGUUUAUUUUCGAUAGCCCCGCUGCUGCGUUCCGUGUGGCCCCCAAGGGCUCGCCUUACCACUAA